GGAAGAAGCAACAAGGUGACGAGCUUGGAAAAAAGGAUGAGGAAAUUGUGAGACUUGAACAAGCUAUGGCCGAGAUGCAGAGACACUCAAGUAGGCCUAACCCGCCUGACCAGGAGCUGACGACAUUAAAGAUGGACAAUCAACAUCUCAUCCAGGACGUUAUCAGUCUUAAGCAGCAGGUGAGCGAGUUAGUAAAAGUGGUCAAGGCACCUAUUCAGGCGGCAACUGCAUGUCAGACGAAGGCUAAGGAGAAGGUGGGGAGUGAACCCACCCCAGGGGACUACGUUAAGCUGGCGGAGGCUUAUAGAAGGAUGCGCGACAAGGAUAUGGUGGACCGCGAAGUCCAAGCGCUGAAGGAAAGGGUUAGCAGAAUCGGGUCAGCGAUGGCUACCCCGAUUUCUGCAAAGAGAAAACGAAUUAUGCGGAAGAGUGUCUCGCCACCCUCCACCUUACGUAUCCGACUAAGUACUGCUGGUAGUCCGAUGAAGAGUGGUGAGCUGCAUGGGAGGGGACAGGCGAAGGUGAAGUUCGUCAAGUUGAAGGAUGAGAAACGAGAAGAUUUCAGGGGACGAGUGAGUACUGAACUCUCCAAGUUAAGAAAGAGGGAUAUUGAGAGGCUGUGCUGUGACGAAGGGCUUGAGUAUGUGACUAUUAGAGCCUCGGCUGCUGAAAUUGCCGACAUCUACGCCGACCGGGCAUUCAGAAAGAAGAACGUUCUACCCGCUGUCGAGAAUGCCGAUGUACCAGAAUCCUCCGAAGAUCGGGUUGCACCAGAAGAUCAGGAUGACCACAACAAGGCCGAAGAGAAUGACGAAGAUGAUGCUGUUAUCGACUGUUAGGACUGGCCAUCGAGCGUGGGAGAACUUCGCGAACUCGCUCUGGCUUGUAGAGAUGCACGCGAUUGUCGAAGCUUCCAACG